GUAAUUCCAAAAUACGUAUAUAUAUAUAUGUAUAUGUAUACGUGAUAAAGUUUGAUUUGAUAUGUUAAAAGCUUCACCAUAAAACGUAAAUAAUUCCAAGAGAUAAAGGCAGAAACAAGCAUUUCUCGGCUCACCCUCUUUUUAGCAAUGGAGUCACUACCGGCCAGUCUUUAAUUGGAGUUUUGCUUAGGGUUUACUUACAAUCGAGAUGAUGUGUGGAUUAAUCGAUCUAAACACAGUCGAUGAAGACGAGGCACCGCCACCGGAUUCACCGUCGCUGUCUUCGUCGUCUUCUGUAUCGGCAUCAGCUUCACCGCCUUCGGCUUCAACGCCGUUGUCUUCUUCCUCGGUGUGUCUGGAACUAUGGCACGCUUGUGCCGGUCCACUCAUUUCUCUGCCUAAGAUAGGCAGUGUCAUGGUGUACUUUCUACAGGGUCAUUUGGAACGAGCUGCUGACUUUUCAGCUAUUGUUCAUGAUAUCCCACCACAUGUUUUCUGUCGAGUUGUUGACGUAAAGCUUCAUGCCGAGCCAGCUACUGAUGAGAUCUAUGCUCAAGUUUUCCUAGUUCCUGAUGACCAGUUUGAGCAGAAGUGGAGACAAGGAGAAGUUGAUGCAGAAUGUGGAGAAGGGGAUAGCGAACGGGUUGUGAAGUCCACAACUCCACAUAUGUUCUGUAAGACACUCACCGCUUCAGAUACCAGCACCCAUGGAGGAUUCUCUGUUCCUCGUCGGGCUGCUGAAGAUUGCUUCCCUCCCUUGGACUAUAAGCAACAGAGGCCUUCACAGGAGCUCAUGGCUAAAGAUUUGCAUGGGACUGAAUGGAAGUUCAGGCACAUUUAUCGCGGACAGCCUCGAAGGCAUCUUCUCACUACUGGUUGGAGUGGAUUUGUCAAUAGAAAGAAGCUGGUCUCUGGCGAUGCUGUGCUGUUUCUGAGGGGUGAUAAUGGAGAAUUGAGAUUGGGAAUCAGAAGAGCGUCUCAAGUUCAAAGCUUCUUUUCUUUCCAAAAUACCAGCUGUCAGGGGACAAACGGUAGCACUAUAAGCGAUAUCGUUACUGCUAUUUCUACGAGAAACAUUUUCAGCAUUUGCUACAAUCCUAGAGCUAGCUCUUCAGAGUUUGUCAUACCGUUUCAUAAGUUCUCUAAGAGUCUCACUCAACCUUUUGCCGUUGGGAUGAGGUUCAAAAUGCGAUUUGAUGCAGAAGAUGCUUCUGAUAGAAGGUGUACUGGAAUAAUUACAGGGCUCAAUGAGGCAGAUCCUGGUAGGUGGCAUGGGUCUAAAUGGAAGUGCCUGACAGUUAGAUGGGAUACCCUUGAAGCUCAUCUUGGACAAAACAGGGUUUCUCCAUGGGAGAUUGAACCAUCUGGUCAGAUUUCUAAUACUGGCAGCAUGGUGACAUCUGGUAUGAAGAGGAAUAGGGUUGGUUUUACUUGCACAAAACCAGAUAUUCCCAUUAAUCCCAGAGAUGGUGCUGGGAUGACGGACUUUGGGGAACCUUCGAGGUUCCAGAAGGUCUUGCAAGGUCAAGAAAUUUACGGUUUUAGAUCCUCAGAGAUGAGGAGAUAUUUACCUCCUGGUUCUAAUAUUGUUUCUGGGCAUCCUCCUCCAACCAAUGGAAAUGGUGUGAGAAACAACUUUACUGGCGAUACUACUACUGAUGUAUCAAAUAGACGUAUAGCUGCUGCUGCCGCCUUUAAUAAGGUCUUGCAAGGUCAAGAAACAUCAUCCUACAAAAGGGUGGUGAUCCCACAUGGUGGUGGUGGGAAGCCAGAAAAUGGUGCUCUACUUCUACCUCCCAGCCGAGGAGGGAACGGUUGGUCAUCAUCUUAUCUUCCAGCAUCAGCACUGGCUUCAUCAUCGCCUCCUUCUGUGUUAAUGUUUCAGCAAGUGAGGAUCCCCACUACCUCCGAAAUGGUUGGUAUUUAUCAGGAGAAGAACGAGAUGAAUCGUCUGAAUAUGUUUCUAAAGCCGGCAGAAGAUGGAAAAAGUGGCAAUCCUGCUGUGGUGCUUAGAGGAGUAGUGCAAGAAGAUGGGCAGAAUCUUGUAUCGGCUUGUAAAGAUAGCUGCAGGCUGUUUGGGUUUCCUUUAACUGUUGGGAGAAACAGCAUAAUAAACAGAGGGAAAGCGGCAACUCCCAUAAUAGCAUCAUCAUCGUCGUCCUCUCCUGGUGAGGGGCAGUUGCACCUUAAUCAUGCACCAGGAAGUAGUCAAAAAAGCAAUGUAAGUAGUAAUCUCUGUUCAGUAAGGGAUAUGCUUUUAGAUAUUGCAUUAUAAAUUGCUAUUUCAUCGCUGCCGGCAGGAAGGAUUGACUGAUUGCCUCGUCCAGGGUGGUCAUUGUUCUAUUUAGUUCAAAUCUCACCCCCUUAAAUCUUGUUUGAUCUGUAAUACAGCAUGUUAUGUUUUUUAGACAAUUUAGUGGAUAAAGAAAUGACCUUUGAAUGCUGUGUGUUGGACUUAUGGGAGGAUUCUUUUAUUUUCUUUCUAUUUUCAUGUAUCUUAGAUUCUUCAUUGUCAUGGGAUUGAUCAUUGAUUGAUAGAUUUUCAUGAAUGUUGUAAAUCUAAUUGUUGGUACAAGGGUAUUGUAGCAAGUUAAAUGAUCUUCUUAUCGAAUUUGGCC